AAAUUUAAUAAAUUUUGGAUUUUUUUUUAAAAGUAAAAUGAGUCCUGAUUACCGGAUCCGCUGCGACUUACUUUGAGCGAUAAGAGAAAAACUGAUUUAGAUCAAAUCCCGUCUCCUUCUCCUUUCCUCGCCGCUAUGUGCUUCUCCUACGGUCGAAUGAAGAUGGCGAUGAUGGUCAAGGCUGUUAUGAUGUCCUUUUUGUUAACUGUGACUCAGGUUCCAUUGGUGCUGGGUUUACAAUCUACAACACCUGCUUUUUUCUGGUCUUCUCACCACGACAAUCGGUUUUCAAACAACAGAAUGGAUGAAGCAGUAAAUUAUCAAACAAUUUCUUCAAGGGAUCUUGCCAGGUCUAUUCUGUCUGAAGGGGGCUGGUCAAACUUACUGUGUUCAGAAAAGAAACUUCAGAAGUCUGUGGACCUAGCACUUGUUUUUGUUGGUAGAGAGCUGCUGUCCUUGGAUAUUUCUUCAAACAAAAAUGCAGAUCCAGCUCUUCUGAACUUGCUUAAGAUUUCUUUUAUGAGGUCUAAUUUCUCCUUGGCAUUACCAUAUGUUGCUGCAUCAGAGGAGCCGAUGGAGAAUUCUUUUGUUUCAUGUAUUGCAGAAACUUGUGGGCUGGACUCAAUUAUCAAUAAUGUUGCUUUUUCAGAGUCAUGCUUUAUAGAGGGUGACAAAUUUCAAAAGCUUGCAGAUGUCGAUGCAGUUCAUGACUAUCUGGUUUCAACAAUGGAAAAGAGAACAAAUGGGCAAGCAGAUCUGGUUGUAUUCUGCCAUGGAGGCUCUUAUUCUGCAAACGGACCUGAGCAACCACAAACAGAAAGUUUGUUGAGUUCUUUGAUCAUAGAGGAUGUCAAAAUCUUUUAAUUUAUGUCAUCUUGUUUGUCUGAGAAAUGUUCAUGCAAAUACAUUAAUUAAAUACACAGGUUAAACUUUGUCUAAGCUUAUCAGUUCUGUGGAGACACUAGGGGCAAAGUAUGAAGUACUUUAUCUUUCAGAUCCAUUUCGACCAAUCCAGAAUCCUUCUCAUCGAGAACUGGAAAGAUUUCUUGCUGAAGGUACUGCUGGAAAUGGACCGCUCAAUUCCACAGCUUGUGAUGAAGUCUGCAAGAUCAAAUCAUCACUUCUGGAGGGAGUUCUAGUUGGGAUCGUUUUGCUUAUCAUUUUAAUAUCAGGCCUUUGCUGUGUGAUGGGGAUUGAUACUCCGACAAAAUUUGAGACACCUCAAGACUCUUAACAGUUUUCUGUCAGCUAAUACCUUUGUUUGUGCACUGAGUCUUCUUUUUCUGGUGGUACUUAGUAGCGUAAGAGAUUGCCCUGUGAUUUUAGUCCACUCAGUAAGGACUUAAUGUGAUGUUGGCAGUAAUGUAGUACAGUAAUUUUUGUGUGGACAUCGUGUACCUUGUGCACUCCUAUUUCAUCCCUGUGCAAUGUAAUCUUUGAUUCUUUGAGUAGGCUGUGGGGGAAGCCCUUAGCUUUGUUGCAACAAAAUUUAAGAUCGAUUUCAAAGUUAUGGCCUCCAAUAUUUUGAGUAGAAAAUAUAGUCUGUAUGCAGAACAGAUAUUAUUUUGGCAUGUAAUGGAAAAGACAUGCUGCUGUGUUUGGUAUUA